AUGGCUGCCAAUUACUGGGCUUCAUCACAACAAAACCAUUGGCUUCUCGAUCGUUGGAAUCUAGCCAAGAGUAGCGAAGAGGAUCGAAAAUAUCUUUCAGAAAAAGACUAUGUGAAGAUUAAGAUUUGGUUUAAUCAUCUCAUCCAAAAACUAGCCAAACGUCUUCAACUAAGACAGCAAGUAGUUGCUACUGCCUUUGUUUAUUUUAAACGAUUUUAUACAAAAAAUAGCUUGCGUUCGACAGAUCCUACCCUUGUGCUGGUCACUUGUGUAUAUCUUGCCACCAAGAUUGAAGAGUGUCCUAUACAUAUCAAAAUGGUCACUCAAGAAGCCAAGCAUAUAUUUCAAGCUGAUUUUGGUGGAUUUCCUUAUGAUAGUGCCAAAGUAGCCGAAUUUGAGUUCUAUCUUUUGGAAGAACUAGAAUUCUACCUUAUCGUCUGGCACCCUUACAGAUCCCUGACCUUGAUUUGCAAUGAUCUCGGAAUGCGCGAAUCCGGUCUACAGUAUGCCUGGUUUCUCGUCAAUGACUCUUACCGGACCGAUGUCUGUUUACUCUACCCACCUCACAUGAUCGCCUUGGCGGCCAUCUAUCUUACCGUCGUACUCAACCACGCUGACUUUGCACCCGGAUCAUUAGGGGAUCGGACAGAUAUGCGGCAAUGGUUUGCGGAUCUCAAUGUGGACAUUGAGGCAGUGAUUGAGAUCAGUCAGGAAAUAUUGUCGAUUACUGAAGUCUGGUCAGAUUGGAAGGAAGAGAAGAUGCCUAUGCUUUGGAAAGAACUCAAGCUUCCCAGGCAAUGA